CAAUACAGUACAUUGUAGCUUUGAAUUCUUGUAUUCAUAUAGUGAAAAUUACAGAUUAAAUGUUAUCGUAACAUAGGAGGGAUCAGGAAUUGAAAAGCAAUGGUAGGGACAGUUGGGAUUUCGGUAGGUCUCUCCCACUAUAUAUGUGCACUAUCAAUACAUGAAUGUUAUUCCAGAAAGCCCAAGAGAUUGAAGAGAGUAACAAUGGAGUACAGAGUUUGUCUGGUGUUGGUUUUUGUUGCUUUGAUCACCAAAGAAGCAAUGGCAGCUCAACAUGUUGUUGGGGGGAGCCAAGGUUGGGAAGAAUCUACAGACUUCAGCUCAUGGGCUUCAGGUCAAAAAUUCAAGGUUGGAGAUCAACUAGUUUUCAAGUACACAUCAGGGCUGCACAGCGUGGUUGAACUUGGUGGCGAGAGUGCCUACAAGAGUUGUGGCCUUGGUACUGCGUUAAACUCAAUGAAUACUGGCAAUGAUGUUGUGAAACUGAACAAACCUGGAACACGUUACUUCGCCUGUGGUACUUUAGGCCACUGUGGCCAAGGCAUGAAAGUGAAGAUUACGGUAGAAUCCGGGACUGCUCCGUCUACCCCAGAAUCACCGUCUUCAUCUUCAUCUCCCGCAGCUUCCUCUGCAUCCGCCAUGCACAGUUAUUUUGCUACAUUUGUUCUUCUCACAGCGUUGGUGGCUACCAGUUUGUUAUAUAUGUUUUGAACAUGUAUAUGUGAUGUGAGAGACUCAAGUAUUCAACAGUUCCUAUCUUUGUCAUAUAUAUGAUUUUGUAUGCUUAUUUUUUGUGGGGUUAAAUAUGUAUGGUGUGAAAAUUGUUCCUUUUUUUUUUUUUUUUUGAGAGGAAUGUAUUUUUACUUUUAAAAAUAAAGCGAUUAAUUUGGUAUUCA